AUGGAGGGCAUAGGGGCGGGCGACGCGGUGACGUUCUUCAAGAUCCGGAGAACGUGCCUCCAGAUGGUGCGCGACCGCGGCUACGUCGUGUCGGAAGACGACCUCCAUAUGACGCUGGACGAGUUCAGAGAUCAGUUCGGGGACAAUCCCUCAAGAGAGCAACUGGCCUUCAUUGCCGCGAAGGAGGACGACAGCGAGCAGCGCGUGACGGUCAUGUUCGUCUCGGACGAGAAGCCCUCGGCCCAGACCACCAAACGGAUUCUUUCUACCAUGCAAGAGCAGAGCCUGCACCACGCCAUCCUCAUCACGCGGGGCCCCCAGACGAACAACUUCAAGCUGGCAAUGGAAAACCUCUCCGGAGACUACCGCAUCGAGCUGUUCCGGGAGCAGGAGCUCGUCGUCAACAUCACCGAGCACGACCUCGUCCCGCGGCACGAGGUUCUCACGCCCGAGGGCAAGCGGCAGCUCCUCGACAGGUACAAGAUUAAGGACUCGCAGCUCCCAAGGAUCCAGUAUGCUGACGCGGUGGCUAGGUACUACGGGCUGCGGCGCGGGGACGUGGUGCGGAUCAUCCGCCGGUCCGAGACCGCGGGACGCUACGUCACGUACCGGCUGUGCGUGUGA